CCUUACCAUCCCCUAGCUCGUCCCAAAAUCUCUGACGAUGCAGACUCGUCAGCAAGCACGCUUUUUCAGAGCUAAAACAUUGUCCCUAAUUCCAGGUCGCUUCAUUGAGUAUGUCGUGAAGCUGGGAGGGGUGUGCGUAUGUUGCGUAGUGUUGCUCCUGAGCCGGUCCCGAUUUAUUACUCGUAGCUUUUCUCGCCGUGGGCUUUUGCUAGAUACUGCUGCUUUGAGGUCUCCCUUGCACUUCGUAUAUCGCUCGCCUGCCUCUGGUUGCAGCCUACCGCGCAGGAUCUCGCGUGUGUUAGUUGUGCUCAUCGUAAAUCGCAUCGUCGGAGACGUCUAUUCAGCAAGAAGCAGGGUCAGCAGAAUCGAUAGAACCCGGACUUUCGUGGCGGAUUAGUCUCGGACCAGGACGCAAUACAAGCCAUCAAUGACAGCUCGUCUCGGGGUAUGAAAAUACAACUA